CUGUUAUCGUACACCUAGGUAUUAAUGAAAAACACACUAGUGAUUAAUUAUCAGUUUAACCUAGACGAUGCGUUAAGUAAAAGCUACGAAUUGUGUAUUGUCAGUUGACUUGGUUGAUAUUUGAACAUUUUGGAAAUUAAGGGAGCCGAUAAUGUUUUUACUGUGCGACAGUUGGGUCAUCUCACUGCUAGCAUAUCCUGUUGUUUUUGCCGCGUUAUUUUAUUCGUAUUUGAAAUACCGUUACACAUUUUGGCAACGGCAAGGAUGUCCCGUUCCAUUGGAACCACAUAUCAUAUACGGUCAUACGAUGGACGUGACCAAGAUGAAGGCUUGGGUGGGCCAACAUUAUGCGAAAAUAUACUACGACAUGGAGGGCUACAAGUUUGCCGGUUUCUAUCAGUUUCAAAAGCCGAAACUUAUGCUUAGGGAUUUGGACAUCAUCCGGGAAGUCUUCACAAAGGAGUUUGCCACGUUCCCCAACCGCGGUAUCGUGUUCGAUGACAAACUAGAACCUUUGACGGGCAACUUGCUGACGUUGGAAGACCACAAAUGGAAAGUGCUCAGGAACAAGUUGACCCCCGCGUUUACCAUAGGAAAAAUCAAAAACAUGGUCGAACUCAUCGACGGCAGAGCCCAAGAGAUGGUCAGAGUCCUAGAAUCGUCAGCGGAGAUCGGAGAUCAAGUCGAGUUCAAAGAGCUUUUGGCCAGAUUUUCCACGGACGUGAUCAGCAUCGUGGCUUUCGGCUUCGAGACCAAUUCGCUGGCCAACCCCGAUGCGGAAUUCCGUGCUGUGGGCAGAUCGCUGUUUACCAUCAGACUGGAAACAAUCAUCAGGAACGCCAUGAACGCUCUGGCUCCUAACCUGAUCGGUUUGUUCAAAGUGCGCAGCAUCAAAAAGGAGCACGCUGACUUUUUCUACAACGUGGUCAACGAGACCGUCAAGUACCGGGAAGAGAACAAUGUCCAGAGAAAUGAUUUUUUGGACUUGCUGCUCAAGAUCAAAAUGGGUCAUAAUUUGGCCGACGACGAGAGCCGGGCCAUUUUCAACGGCAACGAAAACAAAGAUGAUUUCGAGUUCACCAUGGACGUGUUGGUGGCCCAGUGUUUCGUGUGGUUCAUCGGCGGCUACGAGACCUCGUCUAUCACGCUCACGUUUACCCUUUUCGAGCUCACACAGAAUCCGGAAGUGCAAGCUAGGGUACAAGAGGAAAUAGACACGGUGCUCGACAGGCACGGCGGCAAGAUAACCUACGAGAUUCUACAGGAAAUGACUUAUUUGGAUAUGGUCGUGUCUGAAGCCCUAAGGAUGUACCCUCCGGUGCCCAACCUGACGAGAAAGACGAUAAACCCGUACAAGUUCGCCGACUCGGAUUUCACGAUGGCCAAAGGUCUUCAGGCGGUCAUACCCGUGUACGGUAUCCAUCGCGACCCCAAGUACUGGCCGGAGCCAGACAGUUUCAUACCUGAACGGUUCACUGAGGACGAGAAACGCAACAGACACCAGUACGCGUACUUGCCGUUCGGCGCCGGUCCCAGACUUUGCAUAGGUAUGCGAUUCGGCUUGAUGCAAAUCAAAACCGCACUAGCCAGACUGUUGUCCGCGUAUGACUUUACAUUGUCAAAGAGCAUGGAGCUACCAAUCAAAAUGAACCCUAAGAGCAUACCGUCCAACCCAGAAGGCGGCAUGUUCUUACAUGCCACCAAGAGAAAUCGUUAAUUAACACAGACCUCUCUAAUAUGUAAUACUAAUUAAAACAAAUACAAUACAUAUAUACUUACCUUGUAUAUAUAUUAUUAUUUAAUAUAUUAACUCCGUUGUCAUUACUUUUAUAUAAA